AGAUGUUUCAACACUCCGACAAGUCAUAGCAUCGUCCAUGGUCAGGGUUGAAAGGACUACGAAAGUAGGCUUCGUGGCUUUCUCACUCCUCGUCUGUACUUGCUGUUACCUCCUGUCUCGCCGUUCGGCAUCUGUUCUGGGUGGAGCCAAGGGAGCGGCCUUGCUGCAAGGAAGGGCACUCCGUCAGUCCCCGAAGAUCGUCUAUGUCCAUAGCUCCAGGCGGGUCAACAGGGGGCAGCCUGGCCGAUUCUUUUCCCUGGAAGGAGGCGACAAGGUCUACGAUGGUGACGGCGAGGAGAUGCCAUUGAGCGGCUUUGGGGGGCUGGGCCGACGAGCCCAUUUCACAAUCGGGCCGCACGUUCGCCGCCUCGUCCAGCAGCACAAGGCGAAAGUGACAUGGCGGACGUGGCGGGAGGAGCAAGAUGACGGAUGGGGGAGAACGAAAUCCCUUCGUCCGCGUAUCACCUUGAACGCUGCGGAUAGGAGAAGGGGGGCUACAAUCUCCACCAAUCAGGCAGAGCAAGUCGAACAUGCGGAGAAGGAUGUGCUCGAACCGGCUGUUCACGUCAAGGAAGGGACUGUACACGUGGGGGUCGUGAAGGAGGAGGAGCCAAAGUCUGUUUGGGCUCGUCCAGCUUUCAACCAGGACGCGCUGAAACGACAGCAUGAGCAAGGAGUCCUCGACUACUCUGUCUCGUCGUCGAUGCGCGGCAAUACUUCCCUUGAAUUCAACAAGGAGCCCGUAGAAUCUCAACCCGCUGAGAAAUGCAGCCCUUCCUCGUUCUGUGCUCUAGUGCGGCAGCUCAACUCGGAGCAUCUCUCGGGGACGCACGAGAUAGGGGGCAGGGCGUGGGACCCGUCGGUUCAGUCUUCCAAGAAUGCGGUCUGGACCAACUCUAAGGACGACGAGGACGUCUCCUCUUGUCAAGUGUGUGUGGAACACUAUCUCGCCGACGCAGGACCAGGAAGAUUCCUCGUCGGAUCGACACUUCGCAGACAAGCCUUGAGAGGCCCUUGUCUGCCCUUCUGCUCAUAGAAUACACUAUGCUGAUUAAACUUGCCAAACUCC